CUUAUUAUUUUUCCUGGUUCUAUUGUUGCAGGACGGUUUUGCUAAAGAUAUUGGUUAGUACCGCAUGAAUGUAUUUAUUUACCUUAUUGCACGUGUAUUUCGGAUUAGAAUAAUUUCGGAUAAUUGGAGAAACCGUUUUAUUUUGCUAAGGGUUUUCUGGCAAGUCACCGACUUCCAUUAUGACGUCAACUAUAGUUCCACCGGCGAUCCAAACAACAUGUGCCACCAGGAUGACGUCACAUUCAACGCGACCGGUAGCUAUGGAAACUACUUGUGCGAUUCGCCAUGGCAACUGAUUUCAUCAGCGAUUGAGGCCAUGUACAAAAUAAAGCCGGAUCCAGAUUUUAUAAUAUGGACAGGAGACAGCGUUCCACAUGUUCCUGAAAGUGACCUAGACCUAGAUAAAGUGUACACGCUUAUUGGAAACAUAACAGACGAAAUUAUCCGAGUGUUUCCGAACACGAGUCUGUUUCCGGUGCUUGGCAACCACGAUCCGUUUCCGUCCAAUCAGAUGCCUUAUGACGUAGAGAAUAACCGUUACUAUAAGGAUAUCCUGAAUGUAAGCAACUGGAACAUCGUGCUACGGGCAAACGAGAGCAAACAGUUUCAACAUGGCGGGUACUACAGCUCCCAGAUCUCCAAGAAGUUUCGACUGAUCGGUCUGAACACGAACCUGUAUUACGACCAGGACAAGCUCACUAGGGACUUGGACGACCCGGCUAACCAGUUUGCAUGGCUGAAAGACGAACUUGAGGGUGCAAGAAAAAGACAAGAAGCGGUUUACAUAAUAGCGCACGUGCCGCCGGGCUCGUUCGAGCUGGGCACCGGCCUAGGCUGGUUCUAUGACAAGUACAACCGCCGCUACCUGGACCUGCUGGAGGAAUACAGUGACGUCAUCAUGGCCCAGAUGUACGGUCACGAGCACACGGACAGUUUCCGGGUGCAGCUGGACGCCGAAGGAAAGCCCAUCAACACAUUAUUCCUGUGCCCCGCUGUGACACCGUGGAAGAGCUCCCUGCCGGGGGUGGGCGCAAACAACCCGUCCGUGCGACUGUACAAGUACGACAGGGAUACCGCAAUACCUCAGAGCUAUACACAGUAUUACCUCAACCUAACCCGGGCAAACCUUAAAGGAAAUGCGGACAACUGGGAGAAAGAAUACGACACUUCUGACGUCUAUGCCAUAGACCAGCUUACACCAACCGCCUUGCAUGGUCUCGCGCGGGGAUUUGGCGACAAAAGCAACAAGGUGUUCCUAUCCUACCUGGAGUUCAACAGCGUCAUGUGGGACACGAGCCACGAGUGUAACGACACCUGUUUCAUCCACCACUAUUGCGCAAUCACCCAGCUGGACUACGGUCAGUUCAAUGCGUGCCUCGCCGGGGACGGCCGGCUGACCACUAUCAGCCCGACGGACACCACGCGGCACCACUCCCGCCGCCCGACCGUCCCGGCCCAGGUGCCGUCAUACCUGUAUUACGUGAUGGGCGGGCUGGCCGUUCUGUUGUUUGUGUUGUUUCUCGUGGUUGCUGUGAUGUGUUUUAGGCGGGGGAACUUCCGAUCCUUCCGCGUGCCAAAGUAUUCCAAGUUCGGGUCUCUGUCGGUCAAUUCUUAAUACAUUCCAUGUUAGGAUAAAUUGUCUUUAGAAAAAACAACAACAUUUUUUACAUAAAAAAGAAUUGUUGUGAUAUUGCCUUAUGUUGAUUUAACUUUUUAGCUCGACUAUUCAGCGAAUAGUUCUAGCUAAACUAUUUUUUUCGGCGUCGUCGUUAUGCUGUGGGUACAGGGUCUAUUUGCAAGAUAUCAUUAUGAUUGUACUUCGGCAGAACAGUUGAUUUCUCUGUCGUUGGACAGCUUAUGUGAAAUAAAUUGGUUUCGUUAUACAUGUAGUUUUUAGUCGGUUCUUUUUGAUUGAAGCUGAAAGCCGAAAUAAUUACACGUCAUUAAACAGGGAAAAAUAACAAGUGAUAAUGAAAUCAUCGUGAAAUACAGCGUCUUAAUUAAAAACACACAAAAAUUAAUCAUACGUUGAUCAAACCAUUGAUUGCUUGACUUUCAGACUACAUCUGAAAAUAUCUAAAAGGGCAAUCCAGUGUAUAUUAAUUGUAGGUAACGCCACAAACAGACAUUUCGUCUUUCAAUGACAUUCGUUAAAGUAAUAUACACAUUGGAUUGAUCAUAAUCAAAAGGGAACUUUAUCUGGCAAUAUUCUUGCGGUUGUGAAAACAGACUUAUUAGGUAUUCAUGAAAUUUCAAAUUGGAUGCUUAAAUGUAUUAACCCAUUCAUGCCUAGCGUCCUGAAAAAAGGACAUUGCAAACAGCGUAGACCCAGAUGAGACGCCGCAUGAUGCGGCGUCUCAUCUGGGUCUGCGCUGUUUGCUUAAAGAAAUUUCUAUAAGAAAUAUUCUAAAUAUAGAAAUAAAUAUACCAGACACCCCUACUUUUGGAAAUAAAUUGAUCCAAUUUAGAAGGAUGGGAGAGUCCACUGGGCAUAAAUGGGUUAAUAAAAUGUUCUUGAGAUGAAACUUGCAUUCUAGUACCGACAAUAUAAGGUACUUUAUAAAACUUUAUAAACGCGUCCAGAUGACGUCAUGAUUUUCAUAGUACACAUGAUAUCGCAGUCCUUAUGGUUAGAAGAUAUGUUAUUGGUAUUCGAUUUUUGUCCCCUACCGAUGAAACCGGAGGGGACUUAUUGUUUGCGCUCUGUCUGUCAGUCAGUCAGUCAGUCAGUCAGUCUGUCACACUUUUUUGGAUCCUGCGAAAAGUUCUUCAUAUUUUUCAUGAAACUUGAACCAUGGACAGAUGGCAAUAUGGAGAUUAUGCACGUCAUUUCAUUUUGUUCCUACGUCAAGAAUUCUGGUUGCUAUGGCAAGAAAUAGACCAGAAUAUUGCUGAAAAUGGUGCUUCCUGCGAUUACUUUAAAAGUUCUUCAUAUUUUUUCAUGUGAUUAGAAAUAUGGAUAGAUGGCAAUGUGGAGAUUAUGCACGUCGUUUCAUUUUGUCCCUACGUCAAGAAUUCUGGUUGCUAUGGCAACAAAUAGACUAGAAAUAUUGCUGAAAAUGGUGGAGUUUCACCGGUAGGGGACCAUAUUGCUUGGCACUAUUCUUGUUAAAACUGCCAUCUAUGCUUCAUAUAAUGCGUUAGUUAACUAGUGUUCUUUUGUACAUUCAUGUUGUAAAAUGUUGUACACAGCACAUCUUAUGUUAUAUUAUUUGAUGUAGAUAUUGCAGUUGGUACUGUAUCAUCAUUGUUGUGAAAUAACAAAUACUCAUAUUGAUUUUGUAAUUAAAUUGUUCAUAACUC